GAGGGGCUCUCGUGGUUGUGGGCACCCCCGGGCUCUGUGCCCCUCAAGCACCCGUGGGCAGGGCAGGGCUCUGUGAUGUCACAAGGGUCUCUGGGCACCCCCAUGUCCCACCUCACAAAGGGCCCUGGAAGGUGCCCGUGUCACAAAGGGCCACCCCCAGCACAGAGCCCUGUGGUGGGCACAGAGCCCUGGGGUGCCCACAACCACGAGAGCCCCUCUCCAAGGAGGAAUCAGCUCCAUGGAUCUCUCUCCAGCAGAGGACAACAGAGAUGGAUAAGAAGAAGAGGAAGCCCAAGUCCCAGUGCUCCAGCCCCUUGCCCAGCUGGCUGGCAGACGACACACCCAGGAGGGGGCUGUCCCAGUGGGAAGAAGAUGUGACACUUCAAGAACUCUAUGAAUGGGAAGAAGAAGUGAGAGUCCGAGAACCUUCCCAGCGGAGAGGCCGGAGACGCCGAGAGCUCUACAAAUUUGAAGAAGAUGUGAGAGUCCGAGAACUUUCCCAGUGGAGUUGUGGGAGACACCCGGAGCUGUACCACCGGGAAGAAACUGUGACAGGCCAGGAACGGUACGAAUGGGAAGAAGGUGGUGUGAGAUACCACGAGGUGACCCAAUGGGAAGAACGUGUGACAGUCCAAGAGCUGCCCCAAAGGGAAGACGUGAGUGACAAAAGGCUGUCUCAGGGGGGAGCUGAUGUCGGUUACAGCAGUUGGGACAAACCCAUGUGCCCGGUGAGCGCUGGGGAUGCCCAGGCUGUUCCCCAGGAGGGGCCCAGCUCUCCCAGCAGUGUGGGCACAGCGGUGGCAGCAGAGGCAGCCCAGGACCUGCCCAGUCCAGCUCCUGCCCCGCUGAGUCCCACGGAGGCUGAGCCAGCAGCUCCUGCCCCAGAUGGAGCUGCUGAGGAGGAGGAGCCCCAGGAGCCUGUGGCUCCUGAGGAGACAAAGGCAGAAGGUUCUCCAAGCUUUGGGGAGCUGGUGCCAUCAGCAGGGACAGAGAGCCCGGUCCCUGCCCCCCAGAGCCCCUCAGAGGGCAGCCAGGCCCUGCUGGGCACUGACCAGCAAAUCACCCCUGAGAUCGUGAGUGAGGCUGAGCUUGUGAUGCAGCAGCUGGAGGAACAGGGAGACCUGGAAGAAAGCACAGCUGCAGAAAUGCAAGAAAGAGCAGCAGAGACACAGAACCCAGUCCCUGCCCCACAGAGCCCCUCAGAGGGCAGCCAGGCCCUGCUGGACAUGGCUGAGCUCAUCACCGCUGAGAUCCUACAUGAGGCUGAACUUGUGAUCCAGGGAUCUGAGCAGCAGCUGGAGGAACAGGGAGACCUGGAACAGGGUGCAGAAAUGCAAGAAAGAGCAGCAGAGACACAGAGCCCAGUCCCUGCCCCACAGAGCUCCUCAGAGGGCAGCCAGGCCCUGCUGGACAUGGCUGAGCUCAUGACCACUAAGAUCCUGAGUGAGGCUGAACUUGUGAUCCAGGGAUCUGAGCAGCACCUGGAGGAACAGGAAGACCUGGGACAAAGCACAGCUGCAGAAAUGCAAGAAAGAGCAUCACGGACAGAGAGCCCAGUCCCUGCCCCCCAGAGCCCCUCAGAGGGCAGCCAGGUCCUACUGGACAUGGCCGAGCUCAUUGCCACUGAGAUCCUGAAGAAGGCUGAGCUUGAGAUCCAGGGAUUUGACCAGCAGCUGGAGGAACAGGGAGACAUGGAACAAACUGGGGCUACAGGAAUGUUAACAACAGGGACCGCAGACAGGCUGGAGAGCCUGGACUCUCUCCCACACAGCCCCUGCUGCCUCUCCUCCCCUGUGUUCACCUAUGUGGAAGCCAAGGCCCUCAGUGGGCAGCAGGCAGGGGGAGAAGGGGGGACAAUCCUGGCAGUCCAGGAGACCGAGGAGGGGGCGUUUGCCGAGGAUGAGAACAACUGGAAAUUCUACGACGAGCUGGAGCUUUGCAAGUGGCAGGAUGAGAAAGAAGUCGAUAGCUACCAGUGGGAAGACGGCAUCGGCCAAGAGCUUUCCCAGGAGGAAGACUGCAUUGGCCAAGAGUUGUCUGAAAGGGAAGUUAAGAGACACUCAGAGCAGUCCCAGCGUGGAGAUGACAGUGACAGGGAGCUCUCACUGGAGAACUGCGAAUGUGUGACUGCCCACAACACCCAGGAGGAGGACGAGUGGGAAGAGUUGGGUGUCCUGGAGCUGUCCCAAGGAGAAGGCACGGAACACAGGCUGGGAAUCCUUGCGGAAGAGGGGCUCCCGGUGCCCGUCCCUCGCGAGGCGUGGGCUGAGUGCCAGGCGCCCGCCCCAUGCUCAGUGGGGCCAGUCUGUGCAUCCACUCCCCAGCCCGAGGCUCAGGCUGCAGCUCCUCCCACCUUGGGCAGGCAGGUGGCAGAGGCAGGGACACAGACCCAGGGCCCCUCUAGUUUCUGGCGGGUGCUCGGGGCUCUGCUCAGGCUGUUCCACGCCUGCAGGCCGGGACAGCCCCAGGAUUAGGCCCCGCUCCAGCGCCGGGCCAGGCCUGGACAGAGCAGCUGGCCCGGAGCCUGCCCCGCACCCCGAGGGCACUGCAUGCACAUGUUCCUGCAGGAUGACCAAUCCCUGGCUGCUUGGGAUCACUCCAAGUGGAUCUCGCCGAGACCAAACAGUUUCCGACGUGGCAGCGCCAAACCAGCGCCGAUGGGGGACGGCUCGUGCCAGGGUGGCUCAGCGGGGAACCACAGGGAAUCCUCAAGGCUGGCAGAGACCUUCAGGAUCAUCCAGUGCCGCCGUCCCCCAGCACCACCAGAAUCACCCUGAAACCACGUCCCUGAGGGCCACAUCCAGGUGCUUCUCCAGCACUUCCAGAGACACCACCGACCACCUUCCGACUCCACCACUGACCAGCGACACCUCCUCAAUUCCUGACUGCUCCUGCUGUUAGGAAUGAGCCAGCCCAGGACAUAUUGCUCCCAGAACCUCCCUGCAGGACUGCCACGUCCACAGCUAUUCCACAGCAAAUGAAAGUUGGCUAAAAUAAAUAAUUGUUAUAGCAAAUUAUUAAAAAACAAUAAAUUAAAAAUAAAAUAUAAUAAAAAACCUAAA